GUUCAGNAAAUAUGGAGGAGAAUGAGAACGACAAGGAGUCGACUAAAGAAGAGGUCAAAUUAGGGAGACUUCAGUUUAAAAUCGAUUAUGACUUCAAUCAGGCGAAUUUAGCCGUAUCCGUACUGCAAGCGGAAGAACUCCCCGGUCUUGACAUGUCUGGAACCAGUGAUCCAUAUGUUAAGGUUCCGUACGCAGAGAUAACAACUAAAACUCUUGUAUUUGCUGUCUAUGAUUUUGAUCGGUUUUCAAAACACGAUCAAAUUGGCGAAGUGAAGAUCCCAUUAAAUCAAAUUGACCUUGCACAAACUAUCGAAGAAUGGAGAGACCUGACUAGUGUGGAGGGUGAGCAGGGA